CAAGCUAAAUUCAUAUUUUAACUUUAAAUAAAGUCUGAAGUUGAAGCCCCUUUUAUCUUCAUUUGUAACUAAAAAACUAUUCCCUCAUCCUUUGUUUUAAAAAAUUUCAACUUGGCCAAUCAAUAAUCAAUAAACACAGUCAACCAGGAACAGAAGGAUAGAUAAGGAUAAUCAUAUAUUCUCAUGUCAGCUUCAAAGCUUCACAAGAUUUGGAACCAUCCCGCAGGACCCAAAACAAUUCAUUUUUGGGCCCCGACUUUUAAAUGGGGGAUAAAUAUUGCAAACAUAUUUGAUUCUGCAAAGCCACCAGAACAGCUCUCUUAUCCUCAGCAAUCAGCUCUUGCUUGCAGUGCAAUUAUAUGGGCAAGAUAUAGCACUGUGGUGACACCGAAGAAUUGGAACCUCUGCAGUGUAAGUGUUGUGAUGGCUGCAACUUCCAUAUUUCAACUGGCUCGUAAAUUAGAGCAUGAUUUCCUAUCCAACGAGAAAGCAGCUGCGGCAAAGAAAUGACUGAAGGCUACAAUUUGUGACUUGGCCGAGUGUCAGUUAAUUCUAUACACAUGUGUUAGGGUUGCAAAAUUAACAUCAACUUAUGUCCCAUGCAUCUUCUCUUAAAUAACUGAACAUUAAUUGAUAGCUCUAUUUGAUUUUUGGGUAUGUAAA